AGUGCAGAGCACGCUCCUGAAACAAGAAGGAAAACUUGAGGGCCAAAACACGCACAGCAACGCACCGACCACACAGGCAGAGACGACCAGCGUGCACCGUCUGUCUGUCCUCGAUGAAGUGACGCAGUAACUGGACGUUUCUGGAGCAGGAUACCUGAGCAGCACUGAGACGGACAGGAAGACUUCACCGCCAGCAUGCUGAGCAUCCUGAACCGGUUUGGCGCUGCGUCAAACAGAUCACAAGAUGCCACAGAACUUCUACACGAGGACCUGGUUAUGGUGGAGCAGCGGGUGGAGCCGGCCAAGAAGGCGGCUCAGGUCCUCCACAAGAAGCUGCAGGGCUGCAUGCAGAGCCAGUCAGGCCUGGACGCUGAAAGACGAAUGAAGAAGCUCCCUCUGAUGCUGCUGUCCGUCAGCAUGGCGGAGAGCUUCAAAGACUUUGAUGCAGAGUCCUCUAUCAGGAGGGUGUUGGAGAUGUGCUGCUUCAUGGAGAAGAUGCUGGCCAGCAUGCUGGCAGACUAUGAGAUGAAGUUGGAGAAGGAAGUAUUGGAGCCACUCAACAAGCUCAGCGAGGAUGAUUUACCAGAGAUUCUCAGGAACAAGAAGCAGUUUGCAAAGCUCACUACAGACUGGAACAACGCAAGAACCAGGAGCCAAACCAGCACGGCCCCCCAGGCCAAGCAGGACGGGCUCAGGGAGGAAGUGGAAGAAGCUUGGAGAAAGCUGGAGAGCAUCAAGGAUCAGUACUCUGCAGAUCUGUAUCACUUUGCAACAAAAGAAGACGACUACGCUAACUACUUUAUCCGUCUUCUGGAGCUGCAGGCAGAAUACCACAAACAAUCCCAUGAAUUCCUGGACAAAAACAUCAGCGAGCUCAAAGAGAAUCAUACUCAACGCGGGCCGCCACUAAACCUCUCUAGUCAGAAGGUCUACGGGGAGCCGCUGCUCGAUCAUCUGUCCCGCAGCAACAGAGACAUCGCUGCUCCCAUCCAGGAGUGUAUUCACAUGCUGCUGAGAACGGGCAUGACUGAGGAGGGUCUGUUUCGUCUGGCGGCAGCAGCCUCAGUGGUGAAGAGGCUGAAGACUUGUUUGGAUCAGGAAUCUGUGGACCACAGCGAGUUCAGCAUGGAUCCUCACGCUGUGGCUGGAGCUCUGAAGGGUUACCUGCGAGAACUUCCAGAACCUCUAAUGACCUUUGAACUCUACAAUGACUGGUUUAAAGCAGCAGGGGAAAAAGACCCGGCAGAGAAGCUGGAGCAGUUCAGAGUACUACUGAAGAAACUACCACCUGAAAACUACAACAACCUCAGGUACCUGGUCCAGUUCUUGUCUCUGCUGUCGGAGCGCCAGGCCGUCAACAAGAUGACGCCCAGUAACAUCGCCAUCGUCCUGGGGCCAAACCUGCUGUGGCCCCGAGCCGAAGGCGAGGCGGCUCUGUUCGACAUGGCGUCCGCGUCUUCAGUCCAAGUGGUGACGGUCAUUGAGCCUCUUAUCCAGAACAGCGCCAGCCUCUUCCCUGAAGCGGUAUCCUUUGAGGUCCCAGACCUUCCUGAGGUCCCGGAUGUGUCCCUGCCACCUCCUGUCACCCACUCUCUGAUGUCAGAAAAGGAGAAACUGAGCAGAAGUGUCUCCUCCUCGUCCACAGCCUCCUCCUGCUCCUCUUUUCACCUCCCUCUCUCAAAGUCAAACAGCGCAGCCUCUCAGGACAGCGGCGGCUUCUUCCUGGUCAAAUCCGGCUCUGUGAGUCGCAGCGGCACCACCACAUGGAACAGCCCUGCAGCUGAGACAGCAGCACCGACCCAACAAAGCACAACGUCCAGCAGCUCGUCCGCCCUCGUCGAUCCCAGCCCCGCCGUGGCCUCCAGCACCUCCACCUCCUCCAGCUCCACACCACAGCUCAGGAGUCCCGUCCAGAAGCAAUGCUCAGAACAAGGCCAGCUGGAGCCCAUUUUGGAGGCUCCUCCAGAAUCUCCCAGAGCGUUUGUGAAGAUCAGCACACCGUAUAAACCAAAAAGAUCUUUCAACCCGACCAAAGCUAACCAAGCUAACGAGCAGGUGACAGUCCAGUUCUGUAAACCCAAACCCCCAGCACCUCCCAGGCUCCAGGCCCCUCCGCCUCCCACCACAGCCCCGGCCCUGGCCCCGGCCCCGGCCCCGGCCCCGGCCCCGGCCCCGGCCCCGGCCCCGCCCGCUGUGGACACAAGGCCGGUACCCGCACCUCGAGGUCAGUCCGUCAAAAAACCUGCUCCGAAAAAGCCUGGACUCAAAGCCCCAGCCUGCCCUCCACCACUUCCUCCACCAUCACAACCAAAGGUGGUUCCUUCUUUAGUACAGUGAGAAAAAUGACAUAUGUGCUGUUUGAUUAAUCGGUGUGUUUGUUGUUGUUGUGUACUCCAGGACACAAUGACAUCAGAGAGGGCAGCAAAACAUGUUUCUAUUAAAACAACCAAGCUUUUUAAUAUUGUCAGUCUGUUAUGUUCAGUACUUUACUUCAAAUGUUGCAGCUUAAUUCACUUUUUGAGGGGUCUACAAAUGUUUCUGUAACCAGCUUCAUUUAUUUAUUCUUCAGUUACAAAUGUAACCUAUAUUUCCCAGAAUGCAAAGUAUUUGCUGGAAAGCAAGUGUUUCUGGUUAAAAUAAUAUCUGCACAAUAAAUGUAUCCAGUCAGUCAAUUUGCUGUCAUUUGUGUUAUUAUUCUUACAAUUAUUGAAGGUGGACAGCAGGGCUGACACGAAGAAGAAAUAA